CAUAAAUAAAUCUUUGGAGUCUUCUGCCACGUAGCUGAAACUUCCUUGUCGGGUCGUAGAGCCCCUCAGAGGAGAGAAAAAGGUCAGAAACAGUCGUGGACAUCUUGAAGGAAGCAACACAAAGCAGUGGUAAUUACUGAUCACAGUUUCACAUAGAAAAAAGUUUACUUUUUCUGCGGCAGAUGGGAAAUGCAGGCUGCAGUUUUCUUCCAGAAACUUUUUGGAUGCUCGGCCUGGAGGCGUUCCGGCUUGAUGAUGAAACACGACCAAGUUCAUGAUCAGGGCAGCUUCCAGAGCACUUCAACUCUCCACUCCAGCACAAAAUACCCCCACUGAUUUCUUUUACAACAGACCAGACCAUCCAGCCCAAACAGCUGAAUCUGUUUCUGGUUAAAAAGUUGUAAAGCUUUGCACAGUUUGUAAGCCGUAGGUUUGAUAUGGGAGCGAGCUGCGCCUGCUGAGGGCUAUUUAUGGAUAAUUAGGACAUAGACAGGCAACCUCGAGUGGGCUCAUCACAAACGAGGAGCAUCAACAAGGUGGUUGCCAUGGUUACGCGGCUGCAGUGACGACCCUCCGGACUGAAGGGGCUUCAGAGCAGUUUUGGGGGCCUCCUGAGAAGAAGGCUGUUGCAUGUUAGUGGACGAUGAUGCAGCUUUGAAGAUCCUCAAAGGAAAAAUGGGCUGCCCUAUUCUGGUCCUUCCCACUGCGGUCUCCACUCUCGGCGGCCUGGUGUUCGGCUAUGAGCUUGGGAUAAUCUCCGGUGCCUUGAUGCAGCUCCAAGCCCAGUUCCAUCUGACCUGUGUCCAGCAGGAGACUGUGGUCAGCGCUCUUCUCAUUGGGGCUGUCUUUGCUUCUGUGAUCGGCGGUUGGCUGAUCGACCACCACGGCAGGAGGACUUCCAUACUGCUCAGCAAUCUUCUCAUCCUCGGAGGCAGCCUGAUCCUCAGCUCUAGCAGCUCCUUCAUGAUGCUAGUCGUUGGCCGGCUCUUGGUGGGCUUCGCCAUGUCCAUAUCUUCGAUGUCCUGCUGCAUCUUUGUGUCUGAGAUGGUUCCCUCGAACCGCAGAGGUCUGAUGGUCACCCUGUACGAAGCUGGCGUCACCGUUGGGAUCUUGGUGGCUUAUGCGGUCAACUAUAUACUCUCUGGUGCCCAGGAUGGAUGGAGAUACAUGUUUGGGUUUGCCAUUGCGCCGUGCCUUGCGCAACUAGCCUCUGUCUGGGUUCUGCCAUCACGGCAUGUGAGUCUGGUUCAACUUAUACCAGAGAGUCAAAGCUGCAGUGAUGGUGCUGAAGAAGGGGCUUCAAGCCAAGAGCAAACAGAGAAAAAGCGAUACACCAUCCUGCAUCUCUUUCAGCGAGAAGAUAACAUGCGCACAAGGAUGAUGAUUGGUCUCGGGCUCGUGCUCUUCCAGCAGUUCACAGGUCAGCCAAACGUGCUAUUCUACGCCUCCACCAUCUUCCGCUCUGUGGGAUUCAGGGAUUAUGCCUCGGCUGUGCUGGCCUCAGUCGGCCUUGGGAUUGUUAAAGUCAUUUCGACCUCAGUGGCGAUGCUCUGUGCAGACAAGGCCGGCCGGAGGCUGCUUCUGAUCAGCGGCUGCUCUGUGAUGGCUUUAGGUUUGAUAUUUAUUGGAUUUUUGAGCAGGAAUUCUCUGUUUGACACAAGACACUGUAGCUCUGAGAUGCAUCCAAAUGACACCAUAUUACCUGAAAACCUCACUGAACUGGUGAAGAUUACAAAUGAUACCAGUGAUGCUGGAGCUCCUCGCGCUGUGGGGAAUUUCAACUGGCUUAUUUUGAUCUGCAUGAUGUCAGUCGUCAGUGCCUUUUCUGUCGGGUUUGGGCCAAUGACCUGGCUGGUCCUGAGUGAAAUAUUCCCCGCGGACAUGAGGGGACGAGCCUUUGCGUUCACCAACUGCUUCAACUGGGUGGCCAACCUGAUAGUAACCUUCUCUUUUCUGAGUGUAAUAGAUGUGAUCGGCCUUUCUGGAGUGUUCUUUAUUUAUGGAGUGAUUGCAGUGGCAGCUGUUGUUUUCAUCUAUUUUCUGCUACCAGAAACCAAAGGAAAAUCUCUCCACGACAUCGACAAGGAGCUCUGUGAAAGACGAUUUCCUCACAGAGAGGAGUUCUGCAGAAUCUUCAGAAGAUGCCGCUCACCUGGCUAUCAAAGAGUGUCCUGGGGAAAUUCAUCAUUAUGAUAUUCAAAAAUUGUGCACAUCAGUGUGGCCACUUAAUCCACCAGCGAAGAUCUGGACCUUUACUGUAACAGUAAUAACUUUGAAAAUAUCAACAUGUUGCAUUAAAUCACUUUUUUCACAUUGCUUCA